CUCUCUGCUCGGGCAGGAGCGCAUUUCCCCUCCAGGAUGAUCGCGACGCGCCUCCCCGGACGGUCGCCGCGGAGCAGCAGGCAGGCGCCUGGAUGGGGCCCCCCAACAAUGCCACGCCGGGGCUGCGGCUGCUUAGGCCUCCAACAGUGGUCGGUCAAUUCCACACACUCUUCUUUGGCUCAGUCCGAAUGUUUUUCCUUGGUGUUUUGGGUUUUGCUGUCUACGGCAAUGAAGCCUUACACUUCAGCUGUGAGCCAGACAAGAGGGAUAUUAAUCUAUUUUGUUACAACCAAUUCAGACCUAUAACCCCACCGGUAUUCUGGGCUUUACAGCUAGUGACCGUACUGGUACCUGGAGCCAUUUUCCACCUUUAUGCUGCAUGUAAAAGCAUCGCUCAGGAAGAUAUCCUCCAAAGACCUGCCUACACCGUUUUUUAUAUUCUUUCUGUUCUGUUAAGGAUCAUCCUUGAAGUUGUGGCCUUUUGGCUUCAGAGUCAGCUCUUUGGUUUCCAAGUGAAUCCACUCUACAGAUGUGAUGCAGGAGCCCUUGAUAAAAAGUUUAAUAUUACCAGAUGCAUGGUACCAGAACACUUUGAAAAGACUAUCUUCCUUAUUGCUAUGUACACAUUUACUGUGAUUACUAUUAUGUUGUGUAUUGCAGAGAUUUUUGAGAUCUUGUGUAGAAGGUUGGGCUUCUUGAAUAGUCAGUAACUUCAGUGUUAUAAUGAAUUAUUUCUGUUUGUUUAUCAUAACAUUUUUUGUACAAAGAGCAGAGUUAUCCAUUUGAAACAAAAUUAACUUUCUUUAAAUAACAAAGUCAAGUUGAAUCUUAAAAAUAUGUAUUUAAAUAUCAGCAAACUUCUACAGGGAAUUCUUCGUUAUGCCUUUUUUUUUUACUCAUAAAUUUUACAUGCCGUAUUUUUCCAUCUAUAAAAUUCCCCCAUGUAUAAGAUGCCCCCAAUUUUUGGGGACUCCGAUUUAAGAAAAUGGGGG